AAUCACAAUCUCCUACGGCGAGCGCGUUGGUCCAAUCUGCAUGAGCUAUGCAAAUCCUGCAACGAAGUUUCCCCCAGUAGCAGCAUGCUUCAGUGACAGCGGUUAGCUCCUCAGAUGUUUCAUUUUCUCUUUAAUUAGCAACGCCAGGAAGGGUCUGAUAGCGAAGUGUCACCGACGAAUAACCGACGAGCAACGAGGUCGCUAUGUUUGUGCAAACAGGCUCCUAUUAACCGGAAACCAGAGAGAGAGCUAGGUGCUAACAGCUAGCAGCUCUGUGGCCAUUUCGCCGGUACAGGCGGACCUCUUUGUCUGACAGGGGAAGGCGUGCUCUUUUGUUAGGCUUUUCCCUUUGUCCACUCGGGAAAGAGGAACUGUUUGGUCGGUGUUUCGCAUUUAUCUGCAGAAAGAAAAAUAAAAGCAUUUAGAAAAUGCAAAUCGCGAAAAAGUAUUUCUCCGAAGGCCUGAUUCAGUUAACGAUCCUACUCAGUCUGAUUGGAGUUCGUGUGGACAUCGACAGCUACCUCAGCGGCUACUACUCGCCUCUGAUAGAGAUUAACUUGGGUCCUAGCUCAGCCUACACCCAGACACCCUUCCACCAUUUGAGAGACAAUCUUGACGGGUAUAGUGUGCAUCCAAAAUGUCCCGAGUUGGACUAUUUCUUUGCCAGUCGGCGGCUGCUAGACGAGGUGAGGACCCUCGGCUCUCGGCGGUUCCCCACGCAGUUGAACGCAUGGUUGGUGCACCAAGUGUCCACCACUGACCAGGCUGACUGCGGGCCUUCCACCAGCAACAACACUGACACCACCUCGGGGUUAGAGAGCCCCGGGGACGAGGCCAGGGAUGACAGUGAACACCUGCACGACGGUGGCCGAGAGGUUUGCCAAACAAUCCCUGAACUUGGACAAAGGCCUUGUAGCAAUGGAGCCUGUGGGUUCCUUAAAGAGGAGGAUGAUGUUAAAGUCAAAGUGGAGGAAGAACCUGACCCACUCACUCAGCUGGCUCACAGUUCCACACUGGAACAAGAGAGUCUUCUGGAAGGCAUCACAGCGCUGUCUGAUCCAGCCCGCCACCAGCCUCCUACCAUUGAUAUUGAUCAACACUGGAGCAAUUUACUCUCUUUGUCGGUUACCGACCUUGACGACUUGGACUCCCUUGUUACUGAGCGUCUGUCAGACCUUGACGCAGAUAUCCCCAGCGCCAUAAGCCAGGAUGUCAGUUUGCAUGACGCUAUGGUCACCAGAGCGUUUGGUGUGGCGUCUGAAAGAGUUGAGUCCCGGCCAGUCAACCAACAGCAGAGGACCCUCUUCCGACUGGAAUCCACGGGCUCCUCACACUCAGACCCAUCACCAGGGAUGGCAGUGGGUCUGGCUGCUCUCCCGUUUGCUUCAGUAUGUAAUUUAACUGGAAAUGUGUCAUCGCAUAGCGAACUGGGUGGCUGUCUGGAUGAGGCAGUGUUUGACCAGAUCAAUCAGCUGGGUUUGGAAGGCCUGGACACCCAGCUGAUGGGCUCUCUGGAGAGCAUAAACCCACAGGUCCUCGAGGAAUUGGACUCAGACUCCGGUCUCUCCUUGGAGAGCAGCUCUGGAGGUCCAGUCUCCCCAGGUUCAUCCGAGAUGUCAUCGUCAUCCAGUUCAUACUGUGAGGAUGAGUGUGGAGCUACAGGCUACAGCAGUGAGGUUGAUUCAGUCCCCUCAAAGGGCAUCAUGGACUACAACACAACGUGGUCACCCAUUGAUCUGAGUGAGAGCGUGUGGCAUGACCACAGCUACUCAUCUCCUGCUUUCUUCAACCAGCCGUCAGUGACACUUCCUCACAAAGGUAUCAAAGAGGAGCCUCUCAGCGAUGAUGAUGCGACAACGUACGAAGACAGGGAUCUGAGUCGUGAUGAGAUGCGCGCCCGUGCCAUGUGCAUCCCCUUCUCUGUCCUGCAGAUCGUCAACAUGCCUGUGGAGGAGUUCCUGGAGGUCCUCGACAGUCACGGCUUCUCCCCUGAACAGGUGACCCUCCUGAGGGAUAUCCGCAGACGGGGAAAGAACAAACUGGCAGCGCAAAACUGCCGGAAGCGCAAACUAGAUGCCAUCACAGGGCUUCAAGAAGAGGUGGAGAGGUUACAGGCUCAGAGAGCCAGGCUACUGAGGGAGAAACAGCUUACAGCCAAGACAAUGGGGGCUGUGGGCCAGCAGAUCAAGCAGCUGACCAGAGACGUCCUGGCCCGGCUGAGAGAUGGUUCAGGACGGCCCUUGAACCCAGAAAGAUUCACCCUGCAGUGCGGGGCUAAUGGGAGGGUUGUAGUUCAGCCUGUGAGACGGCCUGCUGUUGCCACAUCAACAGGCAACAAAACAGACAAGCGGAAGAAGGACAAAAAGCAAUGAUGCAGUAUUGCCAGAUGAGACUUAAGCUUUUUAGAUUUUUGGAUAUUUUUGGACUUAACUUGCCUGACUCUGGUUUUGGGAUCUCCUCUUUUGCCUGUGUGAGUGGAUUCACCACUGUUUGGAGCCUAGAUCUGCAAAAGCUGCAAAAAGAAAAGACACUCGGAAAAUAAAAAAUACAAAAAUCUCUGUAAAUAAAAUUUCUCAUGGGGAAAAUGUAGCUUACACACUGGACAUUUUAUGCUUAUUGAAGAUUGACAAGGCACCCGGGGCGGUUUAAGGGAUCAGUUAAGCUGCCAGCAAUGCUACCAGUCUCUCUGUGCUUGUUAACAUUCAAGUCAUUAAGGCUACCGUGUUACAAACAGACAACCAGACAUCCCUAAAGUCAACAUGGACAGCAGUGGGACACUCACUGGAUAGGGAUCUCAGCGGAGGAUUCUGUUUGUUUGUUUUUGUUUGUUUGUUUGUUUGUUUAUUUGUUUGUCUCCAUCUUGCCUCAACGUAUACCUAUUCAGUAUAAAGAGGUUAAAGAUUGUAUUUAUUAAAGUUUCUGAGGUUCCUGAAAUGCUUAUAUGCAUCAUGAGACUGUCAGCGGCAGUAUCUUUUUUUUUUCUUAAUGGUAAGUUUAUCUCGGAGUGGUGAGAAUAUUGGGACCUUGCCUAUCUAAAGUUUACAGCUUUGUUUCAGAUAUUUGAGGGCAUGUACUGUUCAGUAGAAAUUUGUACUGAAAUGUUGUUUUCCUUAUGUCUUUAUGACAUACAAUAUACCAAUGAUUAAAUUGACAAGGCCUUAAUUUGCAUUGGAUAAGUGUUUUGGUUAUUGUGAGUGCCCAUUAUCAUAACAAAAAUGUUUGUAAAGAGGCUACCAUCUCAUGUUUUACAUUAAUGUUGAGUGAUUUGUUUCAAGCACAAUUUUUCUUAACCCUUUCAUUUUAAAUACUUAAGCGUUUAGGCAAGAUUAUAUUCUACCUCACGCCUUGGUUUAUGUUGUAGAUUUUGGCUAAGUAAAAAAACAAAACAAAAAAAAAAACAUGAUUGGCUCCUUGACUACAAAUUCUUCAUUAUUGAAUUGUCCCUUAAUGGACCUAAAACCUCCUAUUUCUGAAAAAAAAGUAAAAAUUCCAAGCACCAACUCUAUUUAAUAAGAUUGAAUGUUGUUUGGUUGUUGCUUUUUAUAUAAUUGAAAGAGAGUUGAAAAAAGUAUUUAGUAAAAGAUGCCACCCCAUUCCUUGGCAUAUGUCUUUAUACACUCAGCUGAGUGAGUUGAAUGGAGAAAGGAGCAUAACGUAAAAGUGUAACACAUGAAUUAUUUUUUUCCUUGUCCCUCACAAACUUGUACUCAAUUUUCCGGUUUGACCAAGAGUUUACUUUUCUGUUUGUUGAAAUUUCAAUCUGUUUUUGGGGCAAAUGUUUUUGAUUGCAUGGUGAUUGUUGACUGUUGAUAGUAUGAUUUUUGCUUAGGGAAAUUGAAAUGCUCUUGCUGACAUUGUUCUUUCUGAUUUAAAAAAAAAAACA